AUGAGCCGAAUAAUGUUUCCCGGCACCGACACAUGCCCUGGGCUCAACUUGGCCUUCUUUGAAGACAACGCCCUCCGCGAGAUGCCACGUAUGACCGGCAUCAACACAUCAUUCACAUACAUCGGUAAACUGGUCGCAGCCCCAACUGCGCAUGAAUGGCACAUACACGCAUACACACUCACACAGAAACGUGGAGUCAUGCAAAAGGAAGGACACAUGGAGGGAUUUUGUGUGCGUUUCGUUCUGCUGGGCGCUAUGGAUUCAGGCAGUGCUGCCCGUGACGCACCGUGAAGUCCCGCAAGCGAAUGUAAGCUCUCACGCCAGACUGCAUAGAUGACGCACGCAUGCGAUGACUGUAUUUGGUAUACCCACCAGGCGACAGACUAUCAAGAAGUGUGGCGUCACAGGAAGAGCCUCAACUAAAAAGCAAAAGGACCUUACCUGGGAGUCCACGUGGGACGCACCGGAUUCAAAGCUGAAACAGCACAAAAAGCGCGUGCACAAAAGUACACUCAAAAGUAGAGACUGUCAAAGUAUGAGAAGGGUAUGGAUGUAUAUGUGUAUAUAUAUGUGUUUCUCUAUGUGUGAGUGCUGCAGAGUGCUUGACGCUGUGUAAGAAGGACAAGUCGUACAAAAAAGACACGCAACUCUACCUGGACGCCUUCAAGCACAUCAUCAACCUUGGCUGCUCGGAGACAAUCAUCGCUGAACAGUUCAACUGCGGAAAGAGAUAUUUCUGGGUACACGGCGCUUUUACCACUCAAACAGAGACGUAGAGCGGUUUCUAUGGAUAUACUACAGGAAUACCAAAGAGGCGACACAUUACCGAACCAAGGACCGACAGGUAAACCGCUCGCAGCCAGACAGCCGAGGCAGCACAAUCAGACACACACAAACGAACGGGAGGGGUGACUAAGAUGAGCCAGACAGGCAAUCAAAGAGAGACGCCGGUAGCGGGUCGGGAAAUUCACACUUACAAACAAACCAAACUUGGUGUGUACGUGGCUGUACAAUGUGAUGGUGCAGGAAUCGCCGACGAGGCAACCGGUCUAGGAGGCGGCCUGGAAAUCCCCAAGUCGGAGCCCGACCCUGACUUCAAGCAGCGCCUCCUCGACGAUCUCGGGUAUGAACGGCUAACCGAGACAAGCUAAAACCGUCAGUCAGUCGGUCCUCAACAGCCAGCCAGUUAGACAGCCAGGCAGCUAGCCAGUCGAAGCCAGUCAGUCGAAAACGCACACCUACGACCAGCCAAGACAUGCUGCUGAUUCAUGAAUGCGUGCGUGGUCUGCAUGUGAAAUUGUGAAUGUCUGAGCAGGUUGGCAAGCGACGAGGACGGCAUCCGCCGCACUCGAAGGAAGCGCCGAACGCGGAAGUUCGGCUGGCGCUCAACCUUCGACACCAGAUCAAAGGGUCAGCUUCAAGCCAAACCGAGGGUCCAGCAAGGUAUGCAGCAGCUUUCAGGGGUAGAUGGGUAAGUGGAGAUGUGUGUGUGUCUGUGAAUGAUAUGCAGCGUUCAAGAAGACGUGCAAGCGCCACAAAGACCAGAUCGACGUCAACGAUGUCAUGGAGGCCUUUCAGUGCACCCUGGCCCUCGACAGUGUGACGCCGAACAAUUGACGCCGAACGGGUGGAAAAAUAUCGUUGCCCUCCCUCAUGGAGGUCGGACCAUCCUUUUUAUAAGUCUCGUCCACCAGCUAAGACACAGUUGCAUAGACAGAAGCAAUUGGACAGAAGAGAUGUGUAUAUGCAAUGAUGUCUCUCAGGGAUUCAGGCCUCCGACAACCAAAGGCGACGUGUGGCCGCCUGUCAAGUUUCCCACCAAGCACCGCAACACCGUGGAGACGUUCUACGAGUUCCUGAAGUGGGAGGUUGCCAAGGUUGAGACCAAAAACCACGGCGCCAUCACCAAAUUCUACUUCAACGACGUGCCCAAGUGCGACUGA